AAAGCCAAAUUAAAGUCUACAACAAAGACUCAAAAAGUGCGAAAUGAGCCGUAUACGGUAAACGUCAAAAACUUCAAAGAAUUCGAUAGUGCCUUAAUCGAAAGAUCAACCCCUUAUGUCCAACAUCUUGGAGCCUCCAGAGCUCGCAGCCCCUGCAAACGUAUCAAGUGAUAGCCAUUACCAAAAAAUGGACUUCGAAGAAGCCUCCAGAAAACGAGAACACUGUGAUGAAUCGUCGGACGAUGAUGGUCAGAGCAGCAGCGAUCCUUCCGACCUAGAAGAAGAAGAGGAGCAAAGUGAUGAGCAUGUCAACCUUACCCAAUCGCAACUCAGUGGGUUAAUGGAAGAACUUGAACUCCUUCGUCAAGAAAACAAACGUCUUAAAGAGCUAUACCUACAUCAACCGACAACAAAAAAUGAUGCACCUGGAACAUCCAAAAGAAUGAAAUCAGCUGAAGCCAACGACAACAGCAACUACGAAAACGAGUACCCGUCUCUGUCAGACGGCAAGAGGGAUCGAAAGGCGGUCAGCGUCAGCAGCCCUCGUCAUGUCAACAUCAGCAACAACAUCAGCAACAACAGCAGCAACAACAUCGGCAAAAAAUCGUCAAAACCAGGAGGACCCCAGGGUAUCCAGAAGAUAACUACACCAAAAGCGGCGAUUCCUCCAAUAAUUAUAGUUUACAAUGCAGAACCAAAAACAUUAACAGUAUAUUUCUACAGAUCAUCAACUGGCGGAUAUAUUGACAAAACCACUUCCAGCCCCACGCUUUGCACAAUUGAGACAGCUUCUUGGCUUAAGCGAUUGAUGGAUGCAGACGAUACUUACAUAAAAGUUGAAGACUUAAUUUAAUUUAUCAUUUAAAGAAUAAUUUUUGAAACUAUGAAUCUGUUAUAUUUUCUAGCUAUUAAGUUUGGAAACAGAAGAUUUUCUUAAUUACUUUAUAGUUUUCAAAUUUAUAAUAUCACUUCCUGAAAUUGCCUUUAAUUGUUUUGUAUGUUAA